UCCAGAUGACUUCUGCACUCGGGGAUAGCAAAGAGGCCCAAAUUCUAUAAAAUGGAGAUGAAUUUACUGGUAUCAUCAAGUCGAACAACCCGCACAGUUGUACAGCUCUCUCCUAGUUCACAAUGCGUCUCCCGUCUUUUACUCUCCUGGCUUUGCCUCUCCUUGCGACCGCCACUGCCAUUCCCCGAGAUGGUACGACUUGCGCCUCUGGCACCGCGCAGUGCUGCUCGUCCGUUCAGAGCGCCACCUCCGACCCUAUUCAAAGCCUUUUGGGUCUCCUCGGAAUCGCCCUUGGUAGCCUUACUGGUAAUGUUGGUCUCACUUGCAGCCCAAUAACUGCUAUUGGUCUCGGCACCACUCAGUGCUCCAAUCAGGUUGUUUGCUGCCAGAACAACAGCUUCAAUGGUCUCAUUGCUCUUGGGUGCAACCCCAUCAAUAUUGCUCUCUAAGGGACUAAAGAAUUUGGCGUGAAUUGGAGCGA